AUGGCUCUCGUGGAACCACUGGUAGGUCACUUAUUGUCUAAGCACAACGACACCGUGAUUGAGGGUCUUAGCAAAAUAAAGAAAAAUGCAACGGAUAAUGAGGGGUUUUCAACGGAGUUUUUACUUCAUCCACAAGGUUUUGCAGCGCUUCAAAAUGCACUAUACAAGCAGGAACUUGCUGCUCCCGUUCUUCAAGCGAUGGCAGAACUUGUGAAGUCGUGCAAUAAUGCUGGAGUUCGUUCGUUUGUUCUACGAGAAAUGUGCCGUGGGCCAUGCUUCAGCGUGCUGCGACAUGCCCUCUCCGUGCUGUCCGAUGCGACACUUCCAACGACGAUUGCCGCGCUACAGUUUGCCUCUGUAGCUGCCGUUUAUACGCCUAAAGUUCUUCUUUCGCGUUUUGGCAAUGUGGUCCCCUUUCACUUUGCCUGCUUCCGCCCGCAGUUGCCGUAUUCUCAGCGGCGCAUUCGUCUUGCGCGGGCGAAGUUUUUAAUAGAUCUUGUUAUAUCCUCGCGUGCCGAUGUUGCCGAGUCCGUUCUGUGUAUGCACGGUUUUCUCACUCACCUCCUUGAGGACGCCGGAGAACUUCUUCAGGAAGGAACAGAAACUGGUGUUGAAGUUGCACAAACUGCGCUACAGGUGUUCGGCAAGCGGUUCAUUGACUCGCGGAUCCCGCCAGCAAAGAAACGAUCGGUUCUUCUUGCGCAGAAACACACACUCCGCUUACUGGUUAAGGCACUGGGCCAUUCACUGGUCUCUGAGAGUGUGCUGCAUAUAUUAUACCGAACAGUUACUGAGCUAAUGGAAUCACCGAUGGAUUUUCAGCUCAUGCAUGUCGAUGAAGAGGACAAAGGAAUGCCAAACCGGCUGCUUUUCUUCAUUUUGAAGCGACUCCGACCGAGAAACACACCGGCGGCAGCGCGGCUUCUGAUAUUUAUCUUACACCAAGCACCAGGUCUUAUUCGACCAUACUUCACUCGUGCGUCUUCCCAUCUGGAGGAGGAAAGCGGGAAUGGUCGUGUAAGCGCGUCUAUCGGAACAAUUUCCACAAUGAACGUUAUAACACGGGCAAUGUUGGCGCCAAUACCUUACCAUCUGGCAGCUGGCAAGGCGAAGCUGGAGCCUGUGGAGGCGAGGGCCACAACGUUUUUUACAAUGAGCCCCGCACACGUAGCCGAGGAAGUGUGCCCACCGUGGGUAGCUGAAUAUGUUCAUCGAAUGAUCAAUGGGUCCACCGAUCUACUGAUGCUUUCCUUCGCUCUGCAAAUGACGUACGCCAUUCUAACACGAGCAAAAACCGUAUUGGGUCUUGUGGUCAAACUACAAGAGAAACAGGGAAGAAUCGAGGAUGAGGAAAGUGUUGAAAGUGAAAAUGAGGACAACGAGUGCGACUGGGACGCGUACAACGCAAAGGUUCAGUCAGCGUUGUUGAAAACCGUUCCCAGUUGGGAGGAGUUUUGGCAUCGGAUGACCCAGCAACUUCAUCACAUGAUGCUCCCGCCAGGCCGCAGUCCGCAGGAGGAGAACAACGGGUGGAAACCUGACGGGAAGGUCAUGUUUUUGUCGCAGCGCAUGUUCUUGUUGAUGGAACUUUACAGCGAGGUGUUCCAUCUUCGUAUACCAUGGUUGAGUGCCCUCCCAACGCGGCUUCCAGUGUUCCGUCCCUGUGAUCAACCAAUCGUAGAUGCUUUGCGCCGUGGCGAGGUGGUUGUUUCGAGGUGGCCAGCUCCAGGUAUUGCUGCGCUCUGUUCGCUCCUUGUGUCAUCUCUCUCCCGGGGUGUCUCAAUGACAAAAAUGCACCAUAUUACCAUGAGCUCCCCAACGGGUGGUGUUCAGGAGUGGCCGUUGCUCCUGAACGUGGUGGCAUGGGCCAUCAAGCACCGAGACGAACCGAGUGAGGAGAUUCAAUUUGCCCUUGCUUGGGUUGCGCGUCUACUUCAGUGGACUGUGCAUAGUGUAACUGUGCGUUUUGUGUGCGAGUUGGAGGAGGCCUACUUGUGGCUUUCAGUGUUGAAUGAGGCAACACUUCCCUGCUUUUUGCAUAUGAUCAACAACUUACUCCAGCGGAGUUUAUCAAAAACUGCGGACCGUGUAACACAGGAGUUAGCGCAUGGGGAACACGGUGUGCUUGUUAACGCUGCGCGUACAUUUGCAGCUAAGUUUGACGCAAAAACCUCGGGGAAGGACGAUGGGGGUGGUGAAAAUGACAUUAAAUUCCUGAAAAGUGAUGACAGCGGGGGCGUAAAGCGGGAGAAGAAUAAAAGGGACGGGAAGAAGUUCGUGAAGGAUUUAUGGGUGCUUGAUAUGCAGGAGAAUAUGGCUUUGUUUAAAUUAGUCAUCGAUCGUGUUGAACGAAAAUGGUGCAACCGUGUGGAUUUAAUGAGGGAGCACCUACACUCUGUUUUUACCGUAUGCCAUGAAGAGCAUGGGAAGCGUCGAAUCGCGCUUACGGUCUUGCAAGCAGAAAGAGAGCAGCGCGCGCUGCAGCCGCUGCACGAUCAAGUGAUUGGCUUUUGCCGCACAUUGACUCCUCCAACGCUAGUGGUUGAUACGGAGGAGGCAGAAGUUCAACUCCUCUCAUUCAUUCGUGAUUGCGAUGUGAGGGAGGGACGGCAACGCGCGAAACUCAUCCGGCGACUUAGCAAACACAGUAGUCCUACUCUGUGGUGUCGCUAUCCAACGGUAUGUUGGGAAUUAUCAGCACUCUUCUUGGUUCGGAUUAAAACUCGCAGUGGAGAAAGGGACAAUGAUGCGAUGAGCGAGACUACUGAAGUAAGCGACCUUGAGGAUUUGAGUCAGGCCUUACUUCAGCUUGUAGGAGGAGAAAUUGGUGAUAUCACGAAAGUGCUUUUGGAAAAUAGCUCCAAUGAAGGAAAUGCCGUCGCAUUCCUGUUCCUGCUCUUAGUUACUGUUUGGACACUCUUGAAGGAGCAUUCUAGUGUUUCCCAUUAUAGGAGCAGUACACGCACGACUAUUGACGUGAAUUUGUUCGCGCCCCUUUCAGUUCUGCUUCUGCGUACGUAUUCGGGUACUCUGUCAAUGGUGGACCGUAUACGGUACUGCACGCUUCUAUCUAUGAAUUACUUCCUUCGCGCGCAAUCACAAUCAAAUCCACUGGUACCAGAUGGGAAUGAUCCAAUGGACUUGGAAUCAACUCCCGAGGAGAGCGACAAAUCAGAGGAAGCGGAUGAUGAGGGCUGUUGCGGGGACUCCCGUUGUUACGACAAUUCAGCAGUUUUUAGUGGUAUCGAUGUACUGCAGUUUCUGACGGAACAUCGCUUUCUUAUAAUGGACCAUCAACGUGCUCCCCAAGUCACGCCUGAAGUCGAUAUGUUGUCUCUCCUCGUCGAUGCCUGGACCCACGAGGAAGUGGCCACGGCAGCGUUACAGUGCCCUGUGAGGCUUCACAAUAACAUUUUACUUUCACGGAGGGGUGAUGUGGGCUGGGAACUGUUGCGCACCGUGUUCCCUGAAUUCAACACGCCAAAGGACGUCGAGCUGGCCUCUUUUGACACGGUAGUUUCAGCCAAUGUGAUGGAUCCUCGGUAUCUUGUUCCUCUUCUUCAUACUGUUCUCGCGAUGCCGGCUGAACAGUUGCCACGACGGAAUGUUGGCACGAAGUGCAUACCUGUUUUGUUGCGUUCUCUUUCCUUCACGGACUCGCACCUACGGCGCAUGGGAGCGGCAGCGUUGGGUUCUGUGUGGACGCCGAGUGGGCCGACGCGUAUUGUUGUUGGAUAUACCCGGUUGAAGCUGACACAGUUGGCUGCUAAGAGGGAGCGUCAGUCCGGUAGUGGGAGCCGGCUUGAACGGCAGCAACAAACAGAAACUAGUGCUGAAUGGAACUGCCCACUGCUACCAACACCUAUAUCUGCCUUCUUGGUCAUGGCAAUGGCUGUACUUGGAGAUGCACGGCAUCCAAUGUAUCACGAUGUUAUGCAUUUCUUGCUGGCAACAAAGGCAGCAUUUUCGGACCCAGUACCGCUUCAUCGGUUCCUGCUGUCGUUUCCACUGGCAUGCAUCACGACGCCAAUUAUGAUCAAGCGCCACGAAGAUAUGAGAAACAAGGCAGACAAAAGUUCUAUGGUGGCUGCUUCAGCCGAGGGGUUACUUGAUCAGCUGCGUUCUGAAGGUCCAAUCCACCUUGAGUUCGUCACCCGCCUCGUUGCACAUGGAUGUCAAACCUGUAGCGACAUGAAGGCGAUUCUGCAUUCUGAGUCCCUGUAUUCCCUCACCAUGCUGAUCUCUAUGCUUGCUGCCGCGGAUGACAUUCGGCUUAUGAUGCUGCGAUCUGUACACGCAAUUUGCACUACAUCCACAACUGUUGGCAUAAUGGCUGUAUCCGACGGUCAUAUACUUCAGUGGUUGUUGGGAUUUAUACAACAGCUGACAGCGGAAUACGGCAAGGACGUUCAUUCAUAUGGAGGAGUGCUCUUUAUGGAAGCUUUGUGUUUCUUGCAGAAACUCGCUUCACUCGCGUUUAUGCUGCCGCUAUACGGGCAACAUGUGCGGCAGCAAGUGUGCAUCAUCCGUCGCGCGCUCACAGUGAACGGCGUGACAACUAAAGCUGUAUUGGAUGCUGUGGAUACCGUUGCCGGGCAGUUAGACGGCGAAGCGGAACUCACAGCGUCAGGAGCGUCGAUGCUUCAAGGAAGGAGACGAAAAGUUCCUUUCCGUGGUCCUACCAAUGGACACAACAAUAGCCGAACCAGUAGAGGCGGGUAUGGCAGUCGUUCAGGGAAUCGUCGACGGCGCUGA